GAGCGACAGAGACAGCGAAAUCGACAAGAGCCACUCGGACAUGGACAAUACCGUUCACGAGAACGGCAACGACGCCCACGACAACAGCACGGCCGUCGUGGCUCCAACGACAGCCUCAAAUUUGAGCACAGGAGCGUCGGUAACGACAGUGUCAACAGCAGAAGUAACAGCUCCGCUGAAAAAGGAGGUCCUGACCAAUGGCCUACAGCACAAGAACGGCCAUCAGGAGUACGAUUCGGCCACUACAGCCACGACGAGCUCGCCCGAGCCCGAGGAGUACACGUACGAGGGUGCCAUCCGGGGCUACGUGUCGCGCGUCUCCCAGAACAUACCCAGGCGCUCGCUCGUCGACCUCGACGCCAAGCUCGACGGCCGAUCGGCCGAGACCAAGGGCAGUGCUGCCGCCACCGCCGCAGUACCGAUCGUCAAGGUAGACAUACUCAAGCGGCGCGAGGUCUUUGAGAAGACGAGCCUCGUCGAGAACAAGAACAGCCUCAACAACAACAACAACAGGCUGGACUUUGCCAGUGGCAAGUCGAUCAAGGAGCGGCUGUCUAUUCUCGAGCGACAAAAGGCGGAGAGCGAGGCAAUGGAGAAACUCAACAAGAGCCCGAGGCACUCGCUCGACAACCCGAGCGUACGGGAGCGCUUCAAGCUCAACGCCGAGAGCGGCAAGGAGGUGAAGACGCGCGACUUGCUGGCCGAGGAACUCGAGUCGGUGAAGCCGCUCAGGGAGCGACUCUCGAAUCUUGAGAAACUUGCAGCUGGCGAACAGUCCUCGAACCCUCAACAACACGCAAACGGCGAGCUCAGUGCCAAGUCGAUCAAGGACAGACUAAACUCGCUGGACGCGAGCCGAACAGCCAAGGACGCCGAUGGCAAGCGCCCCUCGAAUUGUUUCCACGACCAGCAGACGAAUAAUCGAGCGGAGAACUCGACGCCGAGCGAACGUAGCUCCUCGCCCGACUCUGAGUACCGAGUGCCGCGAGCCACCUUCCACCAGAGCCUCGACUCGCUCGACGCUGACGCUUCGAGCGGGCCCGACACGUUCGAGCGCGUCCAGAGUCUCGAGGAGCUGGACUACCAGCAAACCAGCCGGCGCUACCCGGCCUCGACGUCCUCGGCCGAGAUCCUCAACGACACGGAUCGCGAGGACUCGGGCAUACACACGGCCGACGCCAGCUGCUCGGUCAGCCAGGCUGACGAACCGAUCGAGGAGGAGGGUCACGCUGUCGCGGAGAAACAGCAGCAACAUCCGAUUAUCGCCGAGGAGAAGACAGAGUUCAGGGGUACGAUCGAGCUGACCACGCUCGUCGAGAGCUCGAAUGAUCCAGAGAGUGUCGAGGAGAAGAUUGCUGGGCUGACGCUGGACGCCCAGCCGCGCAACGCAGUGCUGUCAGAAACGGGCACCGCUGAAAUUUCUUGCUCCUCUUCUACCUCUACUUCUGGGGAACUGCCGCUACUACUACCCGCUAACAGUAAACUCGAGUCGCGGACUAACACUAUCACACCACAACUUACCUACUGCCCUUUUUCCUCCUCGUCGCGUCCCGUCGUCUACCAGAGUCCUCGAGUCCCGCCUCGAAGAUCACCCCCCGAAGUCACGAAACCUUCCCACCUUCCCGUACUGUCGCCCACAGCUGCGGUGUCGAUGGUCGAACCCGCCAAGGACGACAGUCUCUCCGAGAGCCUAUCGACCCCCGACUCCUCUUCCACCAACACGAUCUGUUCUCUCAACUUCUCCGCGGAGCCCGAGAUCAAGAACCUUCAGACAAUCUCGUCCGGCUCGCUCAGUCCGGCUAGCCCAGACUCCAAAGUGUCCUCUCCUCUGCCCUCGCCUCGCUCUCCAUCCAAGAUUCCGACGCCCCUCCCGAGAAAGUCUCUCCCGACUUCGCCCACGUCCCCGACCUCCAGCUCACCCAGCUCGCCCAAGUUCCCCCUCCCGCCAUCCCCGUCCAAGCCACGUACACUCCCAUCACGAACCACGCAGAUGGCCUCCGAGAUCCCGGUGCCGGUGAAGGUGGUCAACUCUCCCCCAACGCCGUCCUCGCCUUCGUCCUCGACCCCCUCCUCGUCAUCGCCAGCUAGUCCGCUGAAAGGCAUCCCGACGACGACGACGACGACCAAGUGCUUGUCACCGGAUCCUAGACGACGUACAGUGGUGGAGGUGUGCGAGAGGGUGGUAGUGGCGCCGGGCCGGGCUCCGAUAGCGACGCCCUUCAUCACCGUCGAGCGACUCGGGCCGAGCGACAACAACAGCGACGAGGUGAAGCACCACCAGCACCAGCCUGAGAAUCAGCCCGUAGCAGCAGCAGCGGCUCCAGAAGCCCAACCAGAGGAUACAAAGACGUCCGUUCGAAACGAGGUGGAGGAGGAAGAGGUGGAAAACAACGGCAAGAAGAAGGAAGAGAAGAAGAAAGUCGAAAAGCGUGACGAGGACGGUGUGGUGAGCUCGCAGCUGAAGCAACAGCAGUUGGCGCCGAAAGUCGUGAUGGAGUCGACCCUACUCGUCCAGGAGACCGUCGCCGCUCUGCAGAUCAGGGAGCCGAUGAUCAAGGCCGCCGAGCAGGAGGAGUCGUUGUUGUUGUUUGCCGAGCGCAAACCUCCUCCCGUCAGGCCAAACACCCUCGCUCUCGAGAGGACGACCCUCUGCUCGGACUUUUUGAGCCCCCUGUCACCGGCUUCGAAACAGAUAUUACCGCUGAGCUUUUCGAGCGACGAGGAGAUCGUUAACACGGGCCUGUCCUUUCAAUUGGGCCCGCCAACGAGCGUCGAGCCGCCGAAGGAGAAACCACCACCGAUUCCCGUGGACCUCAGCGACGAGGAGAACCAUCCGAUCGAGCCGCUCAAGCGCCUCAACUCGACUCGCAGGAUCAAGAAGGAACUCCGCACUCGGCGCUCCGACUUUUUGGGCAUCGAGGGCUUCAACGAUGACGAGCUCGAGCGCGAACUUACGUUGAGCAAGCCUCCCGACAUGGCGGCCAUCCUCGCCGAGGAGCGGCGCAUCGAUCAGCUGCAUCGGCGCUCCUACGACACGGACAGCAACUACGAGCAGGACUCGAGCCACGAGCGCGACUCUGGUGUCGAGCUCGGCCAGGCCGAGGACUGGACGAAGCAGCCCGUCAGCCCGGACAUGUCCCAGCACAGCCGCCAGAGCAGCGAGCCCUUCGGCGCGAGUGUCACCUCCUCCGAGGAGGACGAGAUCAGCAAGAAGGAGCGCGAGAUCAUCGAGGUGCUCGAGCGCGAGGAGCAGUGGCGUUACGAGAACAACCGCGAGAUCAACAGCGACAUCGGCGAGAAGCUCGCCCACAAGUUGCGCGAGCUCGAAGAGGAAAAGAUGCAGCUUGAGCGCGAGCGCGCCUCCCAGGAUAGUGGCACCAGUGAGGCUCAACAGCAGCAGCAGCAGCAACCCCAGCCGCGCAGACGCCACCAGGAAGCGACGGCCGAGACCUUGCGCAUGAACGAGGAGAAUCUGAGGAAACAGGAGGAGAUAGCGCGUAAGCAGGAUGAGGCACGUCAGAAGGAGCUGGAGAAACAACAGCUGCUGGAAAAGGAGGCGAGAGCGCAAGAGGAGAGAAGAAGCGCCGAGGCGCGCCAACAGAAGGAUCAGGUGCAGAAGCUUACACGCGAGAAUAAAUCGACAAGCCCCGCGCUGAGCUGUAACGAAGAAGAGUACGCGUCGAGGCAGGACGUACUGCGCGUGGAGCGCGAGCUCUUGCAGCUCGAGCAAGAGGAGCUCAAACGCCAGCGUAACAAUCUCGCGUACCGCGAGCAAAAGCAACAGCAAAUACAAGAGCAGUGGAAGUCGCUGCAGGACGUGGCUCAGCCGGUAUCUCAGCCACAUGUGCGCCAACAGCCGUACGGGAAGCCCCUCCCGGCAGCUCCGCUCAAUUACCGAGCUUCGAUGCCGAAUCUCCAACUCCAGGAGACGAGUCUCGCCCAACGCAGAAGGCCCCCGCCGCCUCCCAUCCCUCCAGCGAAGCCUCUCAGACUUGUGGAACAACGCCAGCGCAUUGGCCUGCCUAUCGGAAACAGUCGUGUACCGUCCGCGGACUCGAUACCGCAGCAGGUCGAAGCGCCGCUCAGGCCGAGCUGUUCGGCGACCACACUUUCGAGCGGACACCACGGCCAGCAGAUGAGCCGACAAACGUUGCAGGCGCUGUCGGCCGUACCUCGAUCGAGGAUUGUUCAAAGCGACCAGUGGGUGCAGCGCCGCAAGAGUGACAUACCGCGUGGCGCCCAUGACUUUAAUUACCAGCACUGGCUGAUUCAGGAGGCAGAGCAGCGUAGAAUCAGCGAAAAGAACAUGCAGCGCUCGCCGGCGCGGAUACGCACCUCCGUUCCGUACACUGCCUCGCCACCUCGUAACGAUAGCAAGCCUUUACCAGACUCGAUUAUUCAAACGCUCACCCAAAGGGUCCAGAAUAGAGCCCAGGACAAGCCGUUGUCUCCAAGGCGAAGGCUGGAACACAGUGCCAGCCAAGAGCAUUUACACUCGUCGCAGCAUUAUCAAAUGCAACCGCACAAAUUACAUCAAUCGCCCAGUAAUAAUAACAAUAAUAGCAAUAGUAAUAACAACAGCAUCAACAACAGCAGUAGCAGCAGCAGCAACAGCAGCAAUAGUAAUACCGAAACCCAAGAAAAGAUGUUGAGUGUCAGUGGAAAGAAGAAAUGCUCGCACUGUGGAGAUGAAUUAGGACGAGGCGCGGCGAUGAUAAUCGAGAGCCUACGGUUGUUCUAUCACAUGGAGUGUUUCAAGUGCUGCGUGUGCCAUGUGAGACUUGGCGAUGGCCUCAUGGGUACGGAUGUGCGCGUACGCAAUCACAAGCUCCAUUGCCACAACUGCUAUUCCAGCGACGACGGUGUAAAAUUCAGCUGCGUUUAAUGGCAAGAUUCAAUCAACAUUUAAACAAAGAAAAAAGUUAAUAAAUCGCGUCAGACUAGCUGCAGACUUGAUUGUAUAGCCCGGCUCAGCUAUACCUUCGUAAGUUGUCAAACGUGGCCAGUGUUUCAAGCUGAUGCCUCACUACACUGUUGAGGUAAAAAAAACCGUUCUAUGAGUCAAGAAUAAAAGCCGAUCGGUUAUGUAAAUAGAACGGUACGAUUGCCUCUAGCGCUUUUGCCUGUCAUAUGAUUGCGGAUGAUGUCACAGAGAUGAGGGCGCAUGUAAGAAGAAUCUGACAGAAAGAAAAAACGUCAAAGGAAAAACGUGCCUGCCAAUUGUACAAUGAAUAUCAGUGUAUUUGAAGACGUGUAGGAAUGAAUUAUGUAAAUAGCGUGUAUUUAUGUAAUUAGCAAUUAGCUUUAAGUUUUGAGACUAUCAGCGCUAUAGUCUUUAAUGUAAUGUUUUCUUUUUUCUUUGUUUUGUUCUUUUUCUCAAAAGUUUUGAAAUCGAAUGCAAAGUAACAUUUUUGAAAAGGGUAUUAGUAAUGCGAUCAUAGAUUACACAAUUAAUAUUUUUAUUCUAUGUCUGAUUCGGAAGAUUAUGUACAUUUCUGUAUUAUAUAUGCAUAAGGAAAUAAUUUUUUUUUUUCUUUUCUCUAUAGUAUGUAGUGAAUCAGAAAAAUAAUUUUGGGUAGAUGAGCUUUACUGUUAAUCAGUUGUUAAUGUGAGAUGAUAAAAAAAUCAUGCAUAUUUAGGCUCACUCGUUUUAUUUUUAUCCUUAAAUCAAAUAAUUAACAACUGUAUAUAACAUAUUUUUACAUUUUUGAUUGUUUACUGUACAUCCACAGUCCCCCUCCGCCACACACACACACACACGGCAUGUAUUGUCAGACAAUGCAGUCGUUGUUUUGUACCUCCGAAAUUGUUUUUCUCUUAUAGCGUGUAUUAAUUUUAUGUAACAAACGAUUUCAUGCCGAGAGUAUGUUGAAUGUUAAAUGGCGUAUUAAUAGAGUUUAUUUUGCAGCUCUUUUUUUUCUUUAAUGUAUAUGGCCUAUCUGAUUACUAUAUUUUACUGUAAAGAAGAUAUUGCGUCAUCGUUGUUAGUUACACAUGUGAAAUAAUGUAUGAUACUUGUUUCGUGCUUAACGUGUAAUUUUGUAUUCAUGAGUAAAUAAAUUGAAUUAUUGAAACCUA